UGUUGCUGAGAUAACCGGACAAAAGGUACUCGGUGCCGGUAACAAAAGCUUUGGCGCCAAAACCCUAAAAAUUCCCAACUUUUUCAUCAUUUUCACCAACAUUUGUUCAUUGUUUACCUACCUACCUACCUAUUGUUUUGUAUGGAGUCGGAGGGUACAGAUGACUACGAGACCUUGAUUUCCACCACCGACGCCGAUCUCCUCAAGCGUUCAUGGCGCAACGAGAAGGCUGCUCCAGAGAUUCUUCAAUUUCAGUCUUCUUUGGUUCAGAGAUCUAGAGAGCAGAUUCAAUUGAUGGAAGAAACAGUGGAAGAACUUGUAGCGAAUGAUGAGGAUCCGCUUACUGUUUCUCUUUAUCAAAUGGAUAUUGACAGGACUUUGUUUUUGUUGAGGUCCUAUUUAAGGACUCGUCUUCAGAAGAUUGAGAAAUUCAUGUUUCAUAUCCAAAAAACUGAGGAUCUUUGGGCUAGACUGUCUAGACAAGAACAAAAGUUUGCCAAACAGUCCAUUGCAGACUUGAAAACACAUUUAGAACAAUCUGUGUUAUCUAAAUUGCCUGAUCGUUAUCAGUCUCAUUUGAAGCAAUCUGUCAUUAGCGAAGAGGCUGACAUGGCUGCCUUACUGGUUCAUUGGUCAGACCGUUACAUAGUUCCAUAUGUACUUGAUCCACUAUAUGUGAUCUUGAAUAGAAGAAACGACACAUUUACUUGCAAGUUCCAGAACCGAAAUUGGAUGCAUUUGUGAUCUGUAGAACCAGGAAAUUUUUAGGAGCUCUCCCGGUGGAUGACAGUGGAGAAGAAAACCCACUGGACAUGUAUGCAGGGGACAUAUAUGCACUCCGUUACAAGUCGAUUAAGCCACUAAUCGAAAGCGGUCAACUUGAUUUGGUUUGACUUUGGUUUCCCAUGUAACUUAUGAUGUGAUCUGAACAUGGUGUAGUGUUUCUAUUUGCUCUUCUGUGUUGUGGAAUGUCAAAAGUUCAAGUGCCACUAGGGGCGGAAGUUUUGUAUAGCCUUUUGAGAGUAACUAUCUGGUAAUUUAUGUGUCAUAUGUUUAGCUUUGAAUAGGUUGAUUAUGAUAAUGGAUGAUCAUUUUACA